GGCCAGCACUUUUGUCUGCCUGAUGACGAGUGGUUGUCAUUGUAGUUCCCGUCUGUGUGAGGCGUGUAAGCACGUAUGUGUGAACUUGUGUUGAUUUUCCGUGCGGUGGAGCAGGAUGGGGCUAUUGGAGAGCAGAGCAGAGUUUCGAUUUUCCAUCCAUAUCUACACUGGCAGCGGAAAAAGAGAGCGUGCAGAGCAGAGCUGCCCCGUCUGGGUACAUUUACCACACUGCCAUACUGCGUCUUUGUCUUUGUCUGUCGUCGUCGAGUUGGGGAGCUCUCGCGUCCGUCUGGUGUGUAAUACUAUUCACUAAUUGUAUCCAAAAAGUAGUUUUGAAACGCGCCGUGGUGGUGUGCGAUCGUGUGAAGUGCAUUUGGGUGCCACAAUACCCAUUGACCUGGCCUGUGUAUACCAAAAUCGAAAACCACGGGCGUAACUCGCCCCAUCAUCAUUGUGUUUUGAAACGCCAGUCAGCGUAAUUGCCAAAAACCAGCCAGCCAGCCAACAACACAGCGCCCCUAGUAUACAUAUUCAUAUAACCAAGUGCAAAACGAAACGAAACGGGGAAAAAAAAGAGCAGUCGUCGAUGAAGUUGAUUGCCAUGACUACGCAAUAGCAACAACAAGGGGCUAGCAUACAUACAAUAUUUUAUUGCUGGUUUUGGUGGUAAAUUUGCAUUGUUAACGGCCGUGGCCAGACGUGCCCUGCUUCUUUAACACACACGUCUCUCAAACGAAUACCGAUCAUCAAGUGUUUCCCCCCUAUUGACUUUCGUAUAUAGCCACAUGUAAAAUAUAGAAAAUAAAAAUAAAACCCGAAACAAUAAAUACUGAUACUGAUACCGAAGCAACUAAAACGAAAACGAAAAUGUAUUCCAUAUACAAUAUGUACCACAUAAGACUGCCAUCUGCCAUUUGCCGUUGCCGUUGACACUGUGUUGUAUCUGGCUGUAUCCGUAUCUGUAUCUCAAACUCACUGACCAACUACCGCAAUCGCAAAUGCAAAAUGCAAAUUGCAAACUGCACACACCUCAACCUCAGCUCAACUCAAGCUCAGCUCAACUCUUAAACGUAUAAUCCUCGAACUGCCUACAAUACCAACCAACCUAUAUCAACCAACCUCAACCAAUGAACCAACCAACCAACCUAUCAACGGUCUACCGCAACUGGCAACUGAACGGCUUUAGUUUCUGCGUAAAUAAAAGAUUGACCCAAAGAUAGCUCUCGCCCUCGCCCAGUCGCAAGUCGAACAGGAACAGCAAUAACAACGUUACGAGUUAUAGCCACCACCAUCUGCCGCGCAGCAACAUCCUCGCAGCAGAGCAAGCUCCCGGAGCAGCCGCAGCAUGCUCAACUCAAAUGCCAGCAGCAGCACCAUGAGCAACCAUGGGGGCAGCAGUCGCCGGCCCUUCUCCCGCAACUCCUCCUCGGCUCGAUCGCAUCGCGGAGGAGGCGGCCGCAUGCUGUACUCCCCACACCCCCAUCCUCAUGCCCAGCAACAGCAGGCACAGCAACAACGCUCCAACAACAACAACAACAGCCUUCUCCCUGGCCAUAGUCCCUGGUGCAAUGUGAACAACAAUAGCAACAACAACAACAAUGCCAAUAAAGACGCAAUCGAUGGCCGAAAUUCAAAUUGCGAUGUACAAACAAGUAAUUCUAGCGGAACUUGUAUUUAUAACAAUAGCAAAGCGCAUCAUCAUCACAACAACAGCAACAACAAUGGUCACACUCAGAGCCACAGUCACACUAAUCACCCCCAUUCCCCCCAGUUGCACCACCAACACACCCACUCGCAUUUAAACCCACCACAGUACAACAGCUACCGCCAGCCCCCAUGCUCACCGAACUCCCCAUCUCACAGCAACAGCCAUCAUUCCAUCAGUAACUCUAGUAGUAAUCUCAGUAGUAUUCGCCAACAAGAACAUCCUUUAAAUCAUCCCUCCUCACACCAUCCCAAUUACUAUGAUACGUGCGGCUCUCAGGCCCCCCGUACCUAUGGUUCCAUGUCCGUUUCGUUGGUGAGACUGAAUCCAGCCCGACUAUGCCUGACCCUCAGCCCAGCCACUACGCCUUCCCCGCCCACCAAUCGCCACCACCCGAACCUGCCACGACGCCCCCUAGUAGUGUCCUUUGCUCCCAGCUCCAGCUGCAAUUCGAGUGGCAGUGAUCAGCAGAGUCACUUCCAUCAGCAGAUGCCACGUAGUCAUAACCAUUAUCCCAACAAUCCGAAUCAGUACCAUGUUCAUCCUCAACACCAUUACCACCCAUUGCAUAACCCGCAGACUAAUCGCCAAUCCCUCCCGCUAACACGAACGAAUUCAAAUUCAACCAACGCAACAACUCUCAAUCAAAUCUCAACCAAUCCAACAACAAAUAGUAAUCCUACUGAUGUUGUGAAUGUAAAUUCUUGUACCGAUAUAAUUCCUCAUGGGUCUUCUUCGCCUUUGUCUGCGUCAUCGAUGCUGUCCCAACCACAACAACGUCGUCAAAUUAAUAUUGCAUCUGCAUCACUCAAUAGCCACAGCCAGGGACAGGGUCCUGGGAACUCCUCCAACAUGGGCCACAACCACCAGCGUGGCUACAAUCGGAACGGCAUUGGUAACGGUGGUAAUGGUAACCUGAACGGAUCCCCCGAUUAUAUGAACUACCGGCGAGGCGUAUGUCCGGCAUUGUCGCGGGAUUAUUCCGGCCACAACCGUCGCCACAUGGGCGAGAUCCAUUUGAAUAAUCCCUCAUCGUCCAUGAACGGGCAUUCUGGUCAUCACCAGCGUAACUACAACGACAGAAUUGUGAACCACUUUGGGGGCUCAGAUCAGGGUGGACCUGAUCACCGAGAUCGCGGCGAUGGCUCCUCGUACAACUUUAUGCGAAAUGGUGGAGGAGGAUACGGACGCAAUGGUUCUCACUACCAGCACAUGGGAUAUGGUAACAACAACAAUAGUGCCUCCACAUCCUCGGGCGGUCCAAGUGGACUGAUGGGUGAGCUACCCUCAGGUUCGGGCCUGUCCGGAUCCUCGCUGUCGCUCAACAACGGACCCGGCGGUCUAAACUCGGACAGCCCAUCGCGAAAGCGGCGCCGCAUCUCUGGAAGGCCACAAAAUGGACCCCAGUCGCAACACCGGUGCCUUCUGGCUCAGAUGCAACAGGGAAGCCCCCCGUUACGACGCCCGCGAUUGCGGGAUGUGGCGACCUCUACUCAGCAGCAACCUCAGCCGCCGUACGGCCAGCCCCCGCAUCACCCCCAGCAGCAGCAGCCACCAACAAACUACCAUCCGUUGCACCACCACCAGCAACAACCACCACCAACCCACUAUGCUCCACAGCAACAACAACAGCCGCCACCACCUCACCCCCAACGGGCGCCCUGGGAUUUGGGCGGCAACGGAGGUAGCGCCGGUGCUGGUGGAGCCCCCUCCAGCAGCACUGUGGGUCCCAUUCUGCAACAAGUUCCGGCACCACCUCAGCCGCCGAGCCACCAGCAGACUGUGGGCUACCCACCGGCGCCCCCGCCGCCUGCUUCACUAAUGGUGGACCUCAAUCUGAACCAGGUGCCGGCGGUCAGCUUGCAGCUACGCCCCUCGGAGCCCAUUUGGGCCUCCUUCUGCACGUAUCCGAUUCCGGCUCAGGCGCGUCUGGCUCCCUGCCUGCAUGGUGUCUAUACGCAACCCUUCCCAACUGCCCCGCCUCCUGGUCUGGCAGCGCCCCCUCCGCUGCAAGUGGCCCCCGUGCCAUCGCAGGCUCAAAUGGCCGCCGCCGCGGCUGCUGCCCAGCAGAUGAUCGCUCAGGCUACGUUGACCGCUCAACAACAGCAGCGCGACGUGAUUGCAGUGGCUAACCUGGGUCCUAUAGAGGCACCGGGUGCCCACCACUUGGAUGGACACCAUGGCCCUGGAGCCGGACCGGCUGCUGGGCCACAUGGCCAUCCCCACGCCCACCCCCACGCCCAUCCGCAUCCCCAUCAGCUUCCGCACGGCAUCCAUAUUACGCCUCUGAGCGGAGCGGCGGCUGCGGCCGCUUCUCACCACCUACAUUCCACGGCGGCAGCUGCGGCCGCUGUCGCUGCCCAGGCUACAGCUCAAAUGUCCGCCGGGCCGCAGCAGAUUAUCAUCUCGUCGGACCGCCGAACAUUCCCACCCCACCGCCGCAUCCAGCGGUUCUGGCCGGCAAAUCAUGGACACCGCCACGUACUGCCGCCACAGUCUCUGGCAGCCCACCAGGCGCCCGUGCAGAUCCAGACCACGUCAGGCAUCAUUAAUCCUGGAUUCCUGCUUAACUUUUUGGCCAUGUUCCCGCUUUCGCCUUAUAAUCAACAUGACCUCAACUCUGGUGACACCAACGAGACGGAGAACUAUGAGGCGCUUCUCAGCCUGGCCGAGCGUCUGGGUGAAGCUAAGCCAAGAGGUUUAACCCGCAAUGAGAUUGACCAGCUGCCUAGCUAUAAAUACAACCCGGAUGUGCACAACGGAGACCAAUCCUCCUGCGUGGUGUGCAUGUGCGACUUUGAGCUGCGCCAGCUACUCCGUGUCCUGCCCUGCUCCCACGAGUUCCACGCCAAGUGUGUUGACAAAUGGCUGCGGUCCAAUCGUACAUGUCCCAUUUGCCGAGGAAACGCUUCGGACUUCUUCGACGGUGCUGAUCAACAACAAGCGGCACAGGCCACCGCCAGCGGAACAACUGCGAUCAGCGGCACAACCCCCAGCAAUUCCGUAGCCACGGGAACCUCCACUGCAGCUGCCGCUGCCCCAGCCAAUCCUCAGCAGAGCCAAGCAGCCUAGACACGUAAUCGCAAUCGUAUAUUAAGCAACUCUUGCUGCACCGGCUUUUCCGGGCGAUGAGUGGACGAGGAAAAGAGUCCGGGGGUAGGGGUUGCCAUCACUUGGUGUAACGCGCAACGAAUCCAACUGCCAAACCGUCGUCGCUUCCUCCUCAGCUAUUAAACCUCCGCCCACCUGGCCAACCUCCCUGCGACUUUUGCUCCUCGGCCACGCCCUCGCACAUCUCGCCGCCUCUUCAAUAGCUUGUCGUAGACAUUAGUUUGUAUGUGAGUAAUGGUAAUCGUAAUUAGGGUUUCGACCCUAUAUAUACACCAUCAGGAAAUGGACUAUAUAUAUAGACAUAUAUAUAUUAAAAGAAAAUAUUAUUGUAUGUAUAGGGGAGACAAGGCCGUAUAAAAUGUGUCAAGCUUUGCACAACGUUCAAUGUAGAUUUUCUUUGUCUUUUCAACAUUCGAGGAUACUCUAUAAUCCAUUAUAACCACUUGGUAUGGUCAGAAAUACAUAUAUAGAUGCAUAUGCUUGGAAAUGGUGUAUUAAUGUCCUUUGCCAAACCAGAGCGAUUAGGAAUUAUUAAUCAUUGGAAAGUUAAAGAAGAAAUCGCACUUUGAGGGACUCGGAGGUUCCGAUCAUUUAAAACUGUUGCUGUCCACACGCAUACAUAAAUACAUAUAACUCUAUAUUAUAUACAAAACAACAUAUUUAAAGUAAAUGGAAUAUAUAUGCCUAUAUUUGUAUUUGUAAUUUAGAUUUUUGUUUACGGCUUUUGAGUUAGGCCUGCAUAUUUGCUGCUUCCUCCUCGUACUUUAUAUUUAAUACAAUUGCGUUUAGAUAUUUUUUAUCUUCAACUUACUAUAUUAACUUAACCCUUAGACGAGUAUCGACACAAACAUACAAAAUGAAAAAAAAAACAAAAAAAAUUAAUAUACUGCAUUGCAUUUUAUACUAAUUGUACGAACUGAACCCACUGAAGAAGUUCUUCUUCUUGCACUAAGCAAAAACCAAAAAACAAGAAAAUAAAUCCACAUAUUGGUAAUAUGGAAUGGAAAAAAAGAACAAAAACAAAAAUCAUAUAUAUAUAUAUUUUUUGUUUCUACUGUUUGAGAAUUAGUAACUAUAAACAACAAAAAACGGAAGCAACUAACUUUGAAACAUAUAAGCAAUCUUUAAAAUCGACUAAACCAGAUGAACGGAGGACGAUUAGCGUUUCAGCAAAUUUACUAUAUAUAGUAUAGAUGCAUAUAUAUACACUCACACACACACACUUUUACAGUAACCAAGAAGGAAACCAACGGUAAUAAGAAUUUAGCAUGCAGGCAUAGAAGCAUAUGUAUAUUGGUGGGCUUAUUAAUAUGUAUUUGUAGUAGAUGUGUGCGUAAUUAAAUCUAAUGCAAUCGCUAUGAGAACGCAAAUAUCGUAUCGUAACCAGACUUUUUCAGGGUCGAUUGGGAUCGGUGACCGCCCGCCGACCCACUUGCCCGCCCACUUCCGUAGUAUUUUGCCUUUUGAACUGUAACGUCUGUAGCUCUACACAGAAGCAUUAACAUAUAUCUAAAAUCUAAAACCUCCUUGAAUCAAUGUGACUUGUCUAUUAUAAAAUUAUAAUUGAGGAAUACCUAUAGUUAAAAUUAACUAACCGCGCAUCAGAUGCGAGCAUUACGAGUAUCAUAUAAACAUAUACACCAAAAGUUAUAUAGUGAGAGUUUCCUUCUGAUACGCGAUUCAAGCCAACUACGUGCACUAGCCUUUUUGAAGACGGAGUCGGAGACGGAUGACAGCCAUAAAAAUUUUUACCAAUAUAUGUACAUGUACAAGUACCAUACAAUAAUUAUCUAUAUCUAUCUAUCGAUCGAUAUACACCAAACAUAACCAAUUAACGUGGAACUAAACCAAACCAAGCGAGAGAUGCAAAUGAGAUAAAUAUGAUGAACAAGUAAAUUGAAAUGAUUCCUGCCCUCCAUUCGUAUUAAAAACCAUUGAAACUAACUCAACAACUUUUUAUAGCAUAUAUAUACAUAUGGAUAGCAUUGAUUUUUUGUGAGAAUGGAUAUACAUAACGUUAGUUUAGCCUUUUCAGGUAUGCAGCAGCAAUAGUGUGGGAUGCGCGUUGCUUAUAGCGAGAGUUGCCAGCACGCCCCCCCUCUCCCCAUCAAUUACCCUCAGUCCCCGUGGUCCCAUCCUUCUAUAACAAAGAGUUCUCAAAUCCUUAAUACGCUAUGCAUUACUGAAAUCUUGAUACCUAGUAUAUAUGUAAAACGUGUGUGUAUUUAUUUUUAAUCUAUAUGAAUGGUAUUUCCAAAAGACCAUUGUAAAGGUGUUGUGCUUUUCUAGAAUUUUAUUAGUAGGAACAUCAACUGAACAAUUAACGAAAACCCAAAAUAAAAGUUUAUUUUUUGUCACAAUAACAAAACGUUAUGAUAAAAGCAAAUAAUUAUAUAUAGAAUAUAUAUUAUAUACAUGAAUUGAUUACCUUUUAUACGUGCACUGACAUACAUACUUAUGAGUAUAUGUAAACCAAUAUAUGUAUACUUGCAAAAUAACAAUUCAAUCAACAAGCUAUGCGAAAAAAGCUCUUUACUCAAUAAUUUUUUAUCCGGUUUCGAUAUUUUGUGUUCGUUCUAUAUCUAUCCUUCUAUAUCCUGAACUGACAGCACUAAUAAUAGGUGUUUCCAUCGAAUAGUUUUUCUCUAACUCCUCUCCUUCAGGUUUAUUAUUUUUUAAAACAACAGAAAUCAAAAGCUUAUCAUAAAAAUAUAUUUAUAGUAAAAAAAAAAAUA